AUGACAAUCAAAGCUGGGUUAUGGGAAGUUAAUGAUCAGGUUUUACAAGUACGAAAUUGGGUUUCAAACUUUCGACCAUCAUCACAGAGAACAUCUAAAGCUCAAGUUUGGGCUAGAUUACCUGGUUUAGGUUUGGAAUUCUGGAAAGAAGAAAUUCUUUUUAAAUUCUGUAAGGAAAUUGGUAUUCCUAUUAAAAUUGAUGUUGCAACAACAAAAUGGGAGGUUGGUUAUUAUGCAAAUGUGUUGGUUGAAAUUGCUCAAUACAUUCCUCACAAAAUUUGGAUUGGUACAAAGCUUGGAGGUUUCUUUCAGGAUAUAUUGAUUCUAGAUUAUCCAAAAUUUUGUCAGAAUUGCAAGAUUAUUGGUCACUUAACUACAAAAUGUCGAGUUGAGCAGAAUAAAGCUAAAUCAAACAAUACAGGGGAAGGCAGUGCUCAGAAGCAAUUAUUCACACCAAAAAAGCAUCAACAAAUUCCAUUUGAUAUUUGCAAUGGUCCAGAAUGUAUAAGUGAAGAUUCAGUUGUUAAUGUUAUUCAUGUAACACCAAGUAUCAAAACUGCAACUGGUAAUGUUCUACACAAAGGUGCAUUUAGUUCUCUUGAAGUUGAAGAAGGUGAAAUUGGAGAAGAAGUUGUUAUUAAAGAAGUACCAACAAUUUCAACUCCAAAGGAUGUUGAUAAACUUAAGAAUACUAAUGUCAAUUAUGUGGACGGAAAAACUGGUCAAGUAUCAAAUGAAGCUGUUAAAGUUAUCUCUUGGUCCAAAAUAGUAGAGAAGGAAAUGGUCUCUAAUACUGCUUCAUCCUCUCUUAUUCCAAGUCCAUCUGAUCCAACAAAGGUAACAAAACAUGCUCCUACUAAUAACAAGUAUAAUUUCAGAAAAAAUCAAGGAAAAGGGGGUGCCAAAAACCCUCCUCCUGUUAAAUGA